AUGAAGACUGCAAUCCUUCUGCUCGCCCUGAUCCCCGCUGUGCUGAGUACUGAUCAGCUCUCCAGACAUGAGGAACCAUUCAAUGCAGACUCAGCGCUUGUGAAGUUUGGCGCCCUCUGCAGUGGAAACCCCAGCAAUACAAAGCGUGGCUGCGACAAGUACGGCUGUGGGAAGUAUGGAGCCAGCCGGGAUGGGGGGAAAAGGAAACACAUGGGCCUGGACAUUGUCUGCUCCGACGGGGCCACGGUCUACGCCCCCUUUGACGUGACACUCAACGGCCGUGCCAUUCCCUACAAGAAAGACAACGCCAUAAACAACGGACUCAACUUAAAAGGGGAAGGAUUGUGCUUUAAGCUCUUCUACAUGAAACCGGAUAAGGUCACAGGGAAAGUAAAGAAGGGGGGGAAAAUUGGGACACUGCUGCCCAUGCAGAAGGUCUACCCAGGAAUCACCUCUCACAUCCACGUACAGAUGUGCGACAAAUCGGACCCCACCAAGUACUUCUGAGCGGCCCACAGAUUACCCAGCUUCCCUUGCAGUAUUUAAUGCCACACUCCUCCUGCAUAGGAUGGUAUAGAUGAGUGUGGGGGGUGUUUGAAAGCAGUUAUUUACUGUAGUUCUGUGCUCCUUCCAUUAAUAUUCUUCUGUUUGACUCUCUGUAUAUGCUUUAUGGAGACAUUUUGAGGGAAAAAAUGUCCAUUUCUUCAUAUGCUGCAGUUUAAUAA